GCCACCCUCCCGUUCUCCUACCAUGACAUGAGUCAGAGCCCAAGACCUGAGAGACGAGGCGGCCACUCCGCAGACGAUCCGGUGCAAAACUCCCAAGUCCAGCACUCUCGUCUCGCCCUCAAGGCAAGAUCAGGGAGUCCAAGUAGCCCUGGCCACCGGGUCCGAGCCCUCCUUCGCCCCGCCGAGGGUGGUGCGGAGGACCGCAGACUCGAGAGUCCACAGUCGGCAGUGGCAACUCCACGGACGAGCGAUAAUCUCUGGCACUUGAAAAACCGAGCAAAACAUCGGGAUUGUGAUCGAAACCCAGAGUGAUUUGUGUUCGUUCUAUAUCACUAGUGAUGUGUCUUUGGGGAGUUUCUUUCCCAUUGGCGUGAUUUCUGUGAUAGUUCCAAGGCCCAAAGCGGCCUUCGAAUUCGACUCUUUGAAGCUGCCCAGCUUGCUCGCCCCCUUUUUCCGGUAUCAAGCAUACAUCAAGUGAGGCCUUCUCCAAGCUUGAGUCGAGUCGAGCGAGUGGUUGUGGGGGGGGUCCAUGAGAAGCGAGAGAAACAAGUGGCACGUUGAGUGAGGUGUGGUUAUUUGACCGCCAUAGAGUGUAGAUUGAGUGGGAUUGGAGGAGCUCAAAGGGUUGAGAGAUCGCUCUAACAUGACCUGUUGUGGAACGUGAUGGCCGCUACCAGUCUCAUGACCACCUCAACCAUCGCCCCCAACAUGGGGAUAAAUGGUGGAACGGGGCGUGCCGGUGGGAGUGUUGGCCAUGGGCGAAGUCCACCCUUGGGCCAACUCAGCCACUACAACCCCGAUUUAACGGCUUCGACGGAGAAGAUCCUGGAAUCAGCGGCUGCCACCGGCACACUCCAAUUGGCGGGCCGCAACUUGAAGCGUUUCCCCAAGCACAAUCAAAAGUUUCAUCUAAAGGAUACCAUUCAUGCAGAUUUGUCCAAGAAUAAACUCAACGAGCUUCCCGAAGAAUGCACAGAUUUUGGAUCCAUGGAGAAGCUGAUCCUUUAUCACAACACCAUCCGGUCCAUUCCGGACUCUGUGGUCUACCUACGCUCCCUACAAUUCCUUGAUAUCAGCCGAAAUCAAUUGAGCUAUCUUCCGCCCUCAAUUUGUCAGUUGCCCUGCCUUCAGGGUUUGAUUGUGAAUAACAAUCGUUUGGUCAGCUUGCCCGAGGAGAUCGGGAGGAUGCAAUCCCUGAUGGAAUUGGACGCCUCGUGCAACGAGAUCACCCAUCUUCCGGUCCAAAUCGGUGACUUGGCCGCACUCCGGGCCCUCGAUUUGAGGAGAAAUCACCUUCAAGAGAUCCCCGUUGAAAUCUCGUAUCUCCAGCUGACUUCCCUGGAUUUGAGCGGGAAUCGCAUUUCGGUGUUGCCCGCCGAACUCCGGUUCAUGACCACGGUGGUGGACCUGAACCUAGGCGAAAAUCCCCUCACCUGUCCCCCUGCAAAUUUAUGUUCUCGGGGACGGAUCCAUGUCUUCAAAUAUUUGGAAAUCCAAGCCAUCAAGGAGGAUCGUAAACGGGGCGUUUUAACCGAGGGCGAAUAUCGGAGAUCUUAUCGCAAAACUGGCGCGGGUCAGCUCAGCGAUCUCAGAUUCACCAAUGGAUUUAGUAGUGAUGCCCGUCGAAAACGGCACACGGCCGAUUCUGGUUAUGGCUCCGAGCAACCAUUGGAUCGACGAUGGUCCCAAGAGCUCAGUCAAGAGGUCAUUGAUAUGCACACAGAAGAUGCCCGUAGAAUCGUACUAAGAGCAGCAUCCAACGCUCAUCACCUCCAACAACCCCAUCAUCAACAUCAUCAUCUCCACGUACACAAUGGUGGAAUACCUAAUUUCCAUCACGGUUCGAGAUCGCCUCGCGUGGCGCCAACUUCACAACAACAAACGCACCAAAACUUGCCCCACCCACACCUCUCCAAUCAUCCCAACCCUAAUCAUAGACAUUCCAACCUAAUUCCACCCCAGCCGGUUGUGAGCACGGGCUCCAAUAGCGAUUCCAGCUCCGGUUAUAGUUCCAUAGAGAAUGGCACCCAACAUCAUGUUCCGCCCCCCGCCUCGAGUUCGGGCAAUUCAUCCACGUCCUCGUAUUCCCCUAACCCGAGAGAACCCAACCUCAACGGCCUCGAAGACGAAUUCCACAAGAUGAUGGACGGCAUGUUUUCGCCGGGUCAACAAGAUACCGCUAAAUCCGGAACGACAGCACCUGGAUCUACGUCCAGAUUGGCGAACAGUGAUUGUCAUUUACCUGCUGCAUCAGCUGAUUGUGAUAGUAUCGAGAGUGGAUCUCGCGGAGAGAGCCCGGAUGACGGCGAGAAAGAGGAGCGUCGACGGAUUGCCCAAAAGGUCCUGGGCAAACAAGGAAUGAGAACCUUGCCCCGUCCUUCAUCUUUGAGUCAAAGUCCUCGAGACUCGAGUAAACAGUCUAAACAGGGCAAUACGAGGACAAGCACCCCCGGAAAACCCGCCAUUGUGUCUCCUAAGCCCAAAAUUGGAUCCCUCCCCUCCACUUUGCGCCGGAGCUCAUCCCAAGCCAUGAGUUUGCCUGCCACGCCCAGUGGUCCAUCUUCAUCGGGCGUGCCGAGAGCCGUGUCUUGCAAAAUGCCCAAACCCAUGGGACCCAAAACGAAGGGCAAAGACCCCUUAUCCCCACCCCCUAUAAACGCCCCAAAGACCCCGGUUAGACCCACCCAUAUGGUGGCGCAUAGCCGGGGACACGCUAAAUCCCAAUUACCCUCCCCGAGACACACCCAACCCUUGCCUAUUCCGAAUAGUCAAAUCUCGCCUAAGCCUUUGCCCUCUCCCAAUUCUAGCCAAUUGCCCAUCCCAAACCUGAAAACCCUUGUCCAAAGACCGCCCCCUCAAACCUCUUUGCCCGGCAAUGAAGGAGCCAAUCAAGCUCAAAUUGCUCAAACCUAUAGGCAAUACAAGGAACAGCUCCGCCAACAGCGGCAAACCUCCACGUCUGUGUAUCAAUCAAACACUGCACGAAAUGGUCACGUCAGCACCACGGCUAACAACGAAACCAUGCACCAAUCGUACUCGGAUUCGAGGAUAUCGACUUCCAAAGACCACAAGAAGGUCGUUUCGUCGUCGCGGAUGCAAUCGGAAAUCAUCUCUACCAACGGGAAGAGUCAUUCGAGUGCAUCCUCUUCGUCAUCCUCUCUGAGCAAAACCACGACCAACAUUCAACCCCCAUCACCCCCACAGCAACAACAGCAGCAGCAACAAUUCGAUGUGAAGACCAUGCAGAAAGAGGCAGUCUUGUCCUAUGUCAAGUCCAAACAAGGCACCGGCUCCACAGGGGCUUUGAACAGUCCCACAAGACACCCACAGAUGUCUGAUGCAAAUUUCCGUCAACGCAACACCCACCUGAAUUCCAAUCUAAGAUCGGCCUCAACGAGUAGCAUUCCACAGCCCAUGGGUAACACCCCGCCGAUUAAUGGCAACACCAAUGGAUUGCCAUUGAGCAACAAUCCCACUCCGAAUAAUCGGAACUACAUUGGAAGAAGGGAUAUGGAAAAAUCCGCUUCACCAGAAAUGCAUAUCAGUCAACUUCGAUCGCACAUUGAGACGCGAUUAGGGAUAAGUCUGCCCGAGGAUCUUGCGCUCUCCCUUCAAGAUGGUGUGGUUUUGUGUCAUAUCGCCAACCACGUCAAACCCCGAGCUGUGCAGAGUAUCCAUGUUCCAUCGCCGGCCGUGCCCAAGCUAAAUCCGGCAAAAUGUCGUCGCAAUGUGGAAAACUUCUUGUUGGCUUGUCGUAAAUUGGGAGUUCGCGAGAUUGACCUCUUUGCCUGGGAUGACCUUGUGCCUGAAACGAACGUCCUGGGCGUGCUUUCAACCCUCUCCGCCCUACUGGACCAAUUGGACCAAUUUGUAGAGCUGGUUGAGGAGGAGGAGGAACAACGCCAGGAGCAGCCUAAGCCUAUCCUUGAAAGACCAACACCCACCAAUUUCCCAGACCUUGUCCCUUUGGACGACCAACCCAAACUCAACACCAACAGUCCGACGCCCACCACGGUUACGCCCGUGGCAGGAAAUGGGGUCAACGACUCACUCUGGCGAGCUCGUUUGGAAACAUUGGCGCUUUCAAUGCUGCUUUUCCUGACUAUGCUAUUCCUUUACUUGAACCCCGUUGAUGAAACUCCUUUCAAUGAUAUGUUUUGAUUUGUAUGGCCAAGGCUAAUUGUUGCACAAUCAUUAUUCAUUCGAAACGAAAAUUUGCUCGCCUUGCUGCUGAAAUACCUUCGAAAUGUGGCCUUCCGCGAAGAUGUGGUCACCUUUUCCUGAGCUUGACUUUUGUACCAUAUAUAUUCAGGCUUGGCUGUACUGGAAAAUUCCCUUAGCAACUACAUCAUUUCCUUCUAUUUUGGAACCUGAUUGUCCAAUAUGCCCUCUUGGUGUUCAUUACAAACAGAAAAAUACAACUUUCCUCUCUUAAAACACUAACCACUUCA